AUGAGUUAUUCUUCCGUUGUUUGGAUCGAUGAUCCUUUCUUCAUAAAACGCCAACGUGUUCAAAUGGCUUGUUCCUUCUGUCGUCAACGCAAGAUAAGAUGUGAUGGUAGAAAUCCUUGUGCUAAUUGUAAAAAAUAUGCUACAAGUUGUAUUUAUGUUAAGAUUGAAAGACAACCAAGAGGCAACAAACCGUCCAACAGAAAUUCUGGAAACGAUAAUAAUGAAAAUAAUGAUAACAGCAACAACGGCGGAAGUGGUAGUAAUGCUGGAAACUCUCAAUCUUCCUCCCAAUCAACAAAUUCUCAACAAACUGGAACUUCCACUAGACAGCACUCCUACUCGGGUCAUCGAGGAAAACGUCCAAUUGAAGAAGUUGAGCAUGUAUCUCAAAGUUUGCCUCCCUCUCGUCGCUCUACGACUUCUGCUCAAGGAAUCCUUACUAACAGUUCAACCAUAACUACCUCUCCUCAACCUGCGUCUUGGCAAACCAAUUCCAUAUCAGUCGCGAAACCAGAACCAAAGCUUCCAUCAAUUGACACUCCAGCCAUGCCAAAUAAUGACAUUCUCGAACAUUUAUUGGAACUUUAUUGGGCCAAUGUUCAUCCUUAUGUACCGGUCCUCAAUAAAAACCUCUUCCUUCAGCAACGUGAAAAUUCUAAUGAUCCACCAUCUCCCUUACUUCUUAACGCGAUGUUCGGCAUUUCAGCCGAAUUUUCUGAGCGUUCAUCCGUGCGCGCUGAUCCAGAGACCCUUGAAACAGGUGGAUGGGUCUAUUUUGACAGGGCUCGUGCUUUGCUUGACGAUUUUAUGGAUGCCCCAAGAAUGUCAACGAUAGCGGCCCUUAUCCUUAUGUCAAUUUAUCAGCAACACAAUACCAGACGUUCGGGAAUUUCCCCAGGAUAUUUUCGUCGAUGGAUGUAUAUUGGAAUGGCCAAUCGUAUGGCUCUAGAAUUGGAGCUCAAUAAGGAUUGUGAAGAUCCUCUACUUGAUAACUCUCAUAAGGAGUUAAGAAAAAGGUUAUGGUGGUCACUAUUCAUGGUAGACGUUUUGGUAUGCUGCGGCAUCGGUAAAGCCAGUAACAUUGAAGAAGAUGAAUGUACAAUCCCUGAGCCUGCCACCGAAGUCGAUGAACCUGAGCUAAAAGUGAAUGGCGCCAUCAAUGAAUUUGUUCAUCAGAUCAAAUUCACACGAAUGUUGCAUUUAUUAUUGAAGCAUAAUUUUUCUUCAAAGAUCAACUCUACGGCAUAUAUCAAUCAGGAUAAUGUCGUGACAAAUUUUGAAGAUCAGGUUCAUUCUUGGGCUUAUCAUUUACCCCUUCAACCCACAGAUGCGUUAGUUAAUAACUCCAACAAAUACUCCACAACCAACUUGCACCUACAUAUGCUAUACCAUUCCUUCAUCAUCCUUUUACAUAGGAGGUACAUUGCAAAUUUCGAUUCCCUUUUGAAAUGUACACAGGCUGCUGCCCAAGUUACUCCCAUUGGUGAAAAGAUUCUUCGUACAGCUUCCACUCCUUUUAGAGGUUUUCUUAAUUGUACGACUUGGUGCCUAUUACAGGCUGGAAUGAUCCAUGCCUUGAAUAAAUUCAGGGGAAAUGAAGAAACCAGUCAAAUUGCUGAACAACAUUAUGAUAGAAUCGUUUCUCUGUUUCAGAGAUAUUCACAGUUCACCGCUUUACAAGUGUUACAGGAUCAUGCAAAUACCUGCAGUUCACAUCGUUUAUCGAUGAUGGACUUUUGGUCAAAUCCUGAAAACAAUGGACAACAGCAUCAACAACCGCAUGAUUCAAUGUUUGUAUUGCCCGAUUUGGGUGCUGGAAGUAAGAUAACGACUCAUCAUAAAAAUUAUCACUGUAACAAUGAUCAAUUUCAGAAUCUGCCCUACGGUACUUUACAUAUAUCACCUGGUACUAAUACAGGCGGAUUCGAGAUCCAACAUUUGUCACAAAUUUCCACACCAUUUCCAAGUCCACCUCAUGGAAAUGUCUCUCCCAUUUGUGGUACUCCUCAUGAAUCUCCAAAUGUUGACCUAGGACAUUUCGCAAACAUGACAUCUCCAUUAGUUGAUAAUGAAGGAACUCCUGUAAAUUCACCCCAAUACGUUGAUUAUAAUCCUUUCCCCGUGCUUGGAAAAGAUCAAGGAUCCGGCUGCGCAGAACUUCUUAAUAAUGACGAAGAUAGUUGGCCAUUUAAUGGUCAUACAACCGCUUCAGCUUCAACUGAACAUGCUUGGCAUCAAAAGUCAUAUAGUUCCACACCGCAAUUAGAUAAUGACAAUUAUAGAUUAUCUUUGACGCCAUCUCACCCAGCCACACCUUCCGCUUCACCAGUUGACGUUUUUGGCAUUGCUACACCGACUAUACAUGCUUCACCAACUACUUCACCUUUCAAUUCUCCAAUCCAACAGGAAGAUAGUGGCAUAGAUUCAAACACUGUUUCUAGUGAUUCUACUCCAAACGUUGACAACACAUCUCCACCUGGUGGUUAUUCACAAUCAACAUACAAUUCCUCGCCGCAGAGUGUUUCUUCCAGUCGUCAUGAAGGUGAUUCGUCUUGUGGAACUGGAUACUUUGUUGGUGGAUUUAAUAAUAAUGGACUAGGAAUUUGUUCUAAUUAA